CCCCCAAGAUAUCAGCCCUGCGAAAUGGAUGUAAGGUUUUAUCCCGCUGCCUCGGGGAGCUCCCUUCCCGGAGACCCUUCCAGCCUGGACUUUACCCAGUGUUUGGGUUACUACAGCUACAACAAGUUUGGCAACAAUAACUAUAUGAAUAUGGCAGAAGCAAAUAACGCAUUUUUUGCAGCGAAUGAGCAAACAUUCCAUACUCCAAGCCUUGGCGACGAAGAGUUUGAGAUUCCACCGAUUACGCCGCCCCCUGAACUGGAUCCCACAAAUUUAGGGAUGGCUGAUAUUCUCCUACCUUUUCAAGGCCUCAGUGACCAGUUGGGAGCCCAAGGAAAUGAAUUCACACCUCAGUUUCCACCCCAGAGUUUGGAUCUGCCUUCCAUUACAGUAUCUCGAAACUUGGUGGAACAAGAUGGCAUUAUCCAAAGCAAUGGAUUACAUAUGGAUCAUACCCAUACAGGGAUGCCUCAGUACCGUCAGGACCAUUCUUUGAUCAUGAGAUCUGUAGUCCACAUGACGGAAGCUACUCGUUCAGGAAUCAUGACUCCUAACCAGCUUACAACUAUUAACCAGUCCCAGCUAAGUGCUCAACUGGGAUUAAAUCUAGGGAGUACCAACUUGCCACACACGUCUCCUUCCCCUCCUGCAAGCAAAUCGGCGACUCCUUCUCCGUCCAGUUCUAUCAACGAGGAAGAUGCGGACGAUCCCAACAGAGUUGCCGGAGAAAAGCGAGCGGCCCCCGAUCCUGGCAAGAAGCCCAAAACGCCGAAGAAAAAGAAAAAGAAAGAUCCUAACGAACCGCAGAAGCCGGUGUCCGCAUAUGCCCUGUUCUUCAGGGACACGCAAGCCGCAAUUAAAGGCCAGAACCCCAACGCUACCUUUGGCGAGGUUUCAAAAAUCGUGGCUUCGAUGUGGGACAGCUUGGGAGAAGAGCAGAAACAGGUAUAUAAAAGGAAAACAGAAGCUGCCAAGAAGGAAUACCUGAAAGCCCUUGCAGCCUACAGAGCCAGUUUGGUGUCAAAGGCUGCUGCUGAGUCAGCGGAAGCGCAGACGAUCCGGUCCGUCCAGCAGACUCUGGCCUCCACGAAUUUGUCUUCUUCCUUGCUUCUGAACAGCCCUCUUUCGCAACACGCCACGGUCGUCACCUCCCCGCAGACUCUCCAGCAGCCCCUUCCCAGGGCCAUCGCCCCCAAGCCGUUAACCAUGAGGCUGCCCGGGAACCCCAUCGCCGCCCCCGCCUCCGUCGCCCCCAGCGGGCCCGCAAACAUUUCCCCCUCGCUGAUCAGCUCCAUGACGACCAGCAUGGCCCCCACGCCGGCCUCGGCCCCCACCCAAGUCAGCCCUUCCUUGCAGAGCCAGCAGCACCAGCUGCAGCAUCUCCAGCAGCUGCACCUGCAGCAGCAGCAAAUGCAGCAGCAGCAGCUCCACCAGCAGCAGCUCCACCAGCAGAUCCAGCAGCAGAUGCAGCAGCAGCAUUUCCAGCACCACCAGCAGCAGCUCCACCAGCAGAUCCAGCAGCAGAUGCAGCAGCAGCAUUUCCAGCACCACAUGCAGCAGCAGCUGCAGCAGAUCCAGCUCCAGCAGUUGCAACAGAUGCAGCUGCAACAGAUGCAGCAGCAGCAGCAGCAGCAGCACCCGCCGCAGCCUUCCCCCCAACAACUUUCCCCGGCUUCCUCGCAGAUCACCUCGCCGAUAGCGGCUAUCGGCAGCCCGCCCCCAGCCAGCCAGCCGCACCCAUCCCAAAUACAAGGGCAGACGCAAACUCAGCUCUUAUCGCAGGCCGGUAUUUUCUGAAGACCUGCCAAGUCAGCCCGUGCUUUGCAUCCCAGAGGAAGCAAAGCUGUGAAUGGGGCAGAAAAUGGUGCGGGGCUGUGGAAGAGUUUAUGCAGGAAUGCAUAACACAUAAAAGAGACUUUUAAGCUGUCUAUUAGAUAGGCAAUAAAAGAACUACAGUGUAGCUGGGUAUAAUCCUUUAGCUGAAUUAUAAAUAUUUGUUUUCCAGGGUUCCCUUCCCUUCCCCCUUCCCUUCCCCCUUCUCCCUUCCCUUUCCCCUUCCUCCUUCUCCCUUCCUUUCUUUUCCUCCUUCCCUCCCCUUCUCUUCCCCCUUUCAUUCCAACUUCUCCCUUCCCUUCUUUUCCUCCUUCCCUUCCCUUCCCCCUUUCAUUCCCACUUUUCCCUUCCCUUUCCCCUUCUCCCAUCCGUUCCCUUCUUUACCUCCUUCCAUUCCACCUGUCCCUUUCCCUUCCUUCUUCCCCUCCCCCCCUUCCCCUUCCUUUUCUCUCUCUCUCUUUUUUUUUAGGCAAAUAAGCUGUGCUCUUUUUUCCACUUUUUUUUUUUUAAUGUGGCCCGUUUUUAUUUUCUAUUUUUAAUUUAUUUCAAGCUUUACUGACAGUAUGUGAACUGAAUAGUCUGAAAUGCCUGGGCAAGAAGACUGAGAAAAACAAGAUGGCCUUUUUACAAUUUUCCGAUUAAAACCGUUCCUUUCCUGCAAAAUUGGCAGAUCGGUUUAAGUUUUGGAAUUCAUUUGAACCCACGAAGCUCUUAAAAGCACAGAUGUAACUACCUGUAAAAUGUGGAUUGGAUUUCAUACAAUCAUGCUUCCAUGACAUGAGUAGGUGACAGUGUUUUUCUGCCAUGGAUAAUAAUGAUGUAAAAGAAAUAUCACAGACUUUUGCCAAAGGUCUUUCCCCCCACUUUUUUAAAUAAUGUCUUCUGAAGCUCAUCAACAUCAAAAGCCAUCUUUUCAUUUUACCCUGUUUUUUUUCCCCCAAAUUCUCCAAUACUUUGGAAUAAAACACACACUUAAUUCAGUUCUGCUCAUAACCACCCAUUAAAAAGAAACUGAAUAUUCUAUUCUGUGUUUGGGUGAACUUUCAGAUUUAAUACACUGUAUUUUUUAAAAAAAGGAAAUGCACUUAAAUAAACUGUUAUUACAAAAAAAAAAAAGUAAGAAGGAAAAAAAAUGUUGAGUUUUUAAAAUGCGAUGUAAUAUUAGUAGAUUAUUUAAAGGGGGUUGCCACAUCUGAAUAAUCAGUGUAAAUAUUUUCUUUAAAAGGUUGUAAGUUUUCAGAUCAUGUGUUGUAAAGUUUUCAUAAAUGAGGCUUUAAUGUAAACACUGGUAACACAAAUGAUUUAAUUGCGGCAUUGCUUAUUGUGUUUUUAUGCUGUUUUAUACUUUUUUAUGAGUUACAAUAGCAGCAAUUAAGUUGUUUGUAUUUUGCUUAUCUAAAAAAAUGC